CAAACUUUGCCACCCCCAUCGAGGUGUUUCUUGCUGAUGCAGAAAAAAGUAAACUGUGUCGUGUCUCCUCCGUCUGAGAAGCUGCUGCAAGUUUCUUAGCUCGUGAUCCUUCUCAACUUCAAAAUGGCUCAAGAGCCAAGAACACUGAAGUUCAACUCGAAAGUGCUCGGGAACACCAUGAACAUCCAUCAAGAGUUUCUAAGGCGGCUGAAGCAACGUCUUUCGCUCACUGAAGUGGAGACAGAAGGCGACAGUGAUUUCAUUGUCGCCUUUGUCCCAAUUGUGUCUCGGGCAGGAACGGACAUUGAAGCUGCUCUUCAGAAGAUUCCAAGAAAUAAGACUGUUGUUCUCGCGGUGCUUCACUUCACAUUUGAUGAGAAUUACAUCGCUCCAGAUAGCAAAUGGAACAUAAACAGGAGCAAUGUGUUUGCUGUGGACUUGCUCUGUUCUGAAGACCUGGGACUACUCCGAUCGCUUCGCAAUGACAAGGCGAUGAAAGCCGUCACUGAUCAUCUGAUCACUAUCGGCGCUUCGUUCAGUACUCAGCUUGAAACAUCCAGAUCUCAAAGUCCAUGCAGUAGAUACAUAUUUGUUUGCAUCUGUAUAGUUUUUACUAUUGCAGUAGUGAUAGCCAUUUGCUUUAGCAUUUACAUGAAGAAAUGGCAAAAUCACAUUACACCUACACUACAACCUAACACUACCAUAAACAGUGCUCCUGGAAACAAAACAUAUAUUUGAUUUCUGUACAUUAGCUACAGUUCAAUUCCUGUUACGGUCAAAAUGCUGUUGGAAUAAAUAUGGAACUAAUUUGUACACACCAUCCAUCGGUGUGUACCUUUAUAUUUAAUGUAAAUGAAAAAUUUUAAGUUAAAGCAAAGACAUGACAAUGUUGAAAGUGUGACAUAUAGUGUCAGUUAUGGUUGUAGCUGUAUAUAAUCUUUAUGAGCCUAAAAUGAAGUGAGCAGUUUGUAUAUGCAUGUAAGGUCAACUGUAAAUGUUCAAUAAAAUAUACAGUAUA